AUGGAACCAUACAUCCUUCCCUUUACGACGCUGGAUAAUGGGAAGUCUGCUAAGGUGGAAUAUCCAUUUUUUAUACAUUCUUGUAGCAUUUCACUGUUAAUAACUAGCAUGAUCAGCUGUAUAGACAGAAAUGAUGCACAGUAUGGUUUACUAAUUUGUCCUGAAAAGGAUCUGACAAGCAUUGAGGAGACCAUUAUAAAAAACGAAGGAGUUUUCGAUACACUGUUUUUGAAUUCUUCUAAUUCAAUUGGAUACCUUCAAUUCCUCGACAAAAUUGAGAUUUUGCCAUUACAGAAUACGAAGUCUUUAAGCAACGUAAUAAAUGAAGCAGCGAAUCAAAAAGGAAAGAAUGUAAUAGGAAUAACUAAUAUUUCUUCGAUGUUAAAUACUGAAAGCACUUUGAACGCUGCUUCAUUUUCUUCAACACUCGCCGAUGUAAUUGAAAAGUGUUCGCCAUUAAUUAUAAACGAAACUGAAGUUUUAGAAACGCCUAUACCCAUCAGUAAUUCUAUGAAGCAUGAGAACGUUACUCUAGAGAACGUAUACUCGUUAUGGAUCCCUGUUUAUUUAAAAGUCUCCAUUGAUGCUGAGAAUCCUAGCAUAUCAAGAGCAAGUUUUCAUAGUCGUGAAUUCUCUCAGACAUCAGAGUGGAAAUCAAACACCUUUUUUCAAGACUUAAAAAUAAAUUUGCAUGAAAGUUAUAAUGACACCUAG